CACUGCCCCAGUUAGAGAGUGUCCAUCUCCCCCCCGCACUCGCUACAUUGGUACUGCCCGUGCCCCGGAAGAAGAGUUCUUUCGCUCCUCCCAUCCCUUUCCCUGUCAGGCGGCUUACACCAUGGCAAAAAUCAAGGCCCGAGAUCUGCGUGGUAAGAAAAAGGAAGAGUUGCUGAAGCAGCUGGAUGACCUAAAGGUGGAACUUUCCCAGCUGCGUGUCGCUAAGGUGACAGGAGGAGCUGCUUCCAAGCUGUCCAAAAUCCGUGUUGUUCGCAAAUCUAUUGCCAGAGUUCUGACUGUGAUCAACCAGACCCAGAAAGAAAAUCUGAGGAAGUUCUACAAAGGCAAGAAGUACAAGCCUUUGGAUCUGAGGCCAAAGAAGACAAGGGCACUCAGGCGUCGGCUGAACAAGCACGAGGAGAGUCUGAGGACAAAGAAACAGCAGAGGAAAGAUCGCUUGUACGCCAUGCGCAAAUUUGCUGUCAAAGCAUAAAUGUUAUGUAUUGAAUAAAGAACUUUUGGGUUAA